AUGUGUUCUGUGUUCUCCAUAUGCAGCACUGUCCAACCGUUUGACCUGUCACCUCAGGAUAAGAACACUGUGUAUUCCAAGGAUGAUGUCAUCACCAAACAUGGCCGCAGGCCAGCCCCAGAGUUCACUGCUACAGCCGUAGUGGACGGACAGUUCGAAGAGGUCAAGCUGUCCUACUACAGAGGGAAGUAUGUAGUGCUGUUUUUCUACCUGCUGGACUUCACCUUUGUUUGCCCCACUGAGAUUGUGGCCUUCAGUGAACGUGCUGAGGAGUUCAGGAAGAGUGACUGUGAGGUCUUGGCAGCCUCUACAGACUCCCACUUCAGUCACCUGGCCUGGAUCAACACAGAGAAGAAACAUGGAGGUCUGGGCCCUAUGAAGAUCCCUCUGCUGGCUGACCCCACCCAGGCCAUCUCCAGGGACUACGGAGUGCUGAAGGAGGAUGAGGGCAUAGCCUACAGAUCUGUUACCAAGCUCUGGGACAAAGGUCUGUUUGGGAUUGAUGACAAGGGCAUCCUGAAGCAGAUCCCCAUCAACGACCUGUCAGUAGUGUGCUCUGUGGAUGAGACACUGCACCUGGUGCAGGCCUUCCAGCACACUGACAAGUUUGGAGAGGUGUGCCCAGCAGGAUGGAGACCAGGGAGAGACACCAUCGUCCCGGACAGCCAGAAGAGCAAUGAGUUUUUCUCCAAACAGAACUGA